AUGACCUUCUCCUCAGUUGUCAAAAAGCCAGGGCAGAAGAAGGUCACACCCAAAACUGCGCCUCGUCGAAAUGUUCAAAGAUCCCGUCCGACUGCGCCGCCUUCUUUGACCCCGGACAGUUUGACAUCAAGUCCUGCGGUUGAGGUUGCGGAAGAUGAUACGACAAGUCAAAAUACAGAGCCAGUACAGGCGCAGACUGUACUCGAGUCAACUGAAAUACCUUCCAUUGUCGAGUCGGUAGAGACCUCGCUUCCACUUUCCAAUCCACUCGAAACAUCGAACAGAGAAAGGAUUACGGAGCCUUCCAACGUGACUGCUAACACCCCGCUGUCAGUCCCGGUAGAGAUUACUGCUCCCGGAAGCACAAGUACAGGAGUUACUAUCAUACACCCAGUGCACGAGACUACUUGGGAAUCGAGAUCGAACACCAUACCAACGAUCGCGGCCAGCACCGCACCUGUAAGAUCUACGCGGAAGUCUACGGGCGCUCCUACCCCAUCAGCGGCUUCCGUGGAAACAGCACGGCAGGAUGAGGAUCUUACAGACACAGGAUGUCAGUCUCCCACGGACUCAAGAAAGAGGCGGAAGAUCACACACACGGUUCAUGAACUUGUCGAAUCGCGAGCGCAAACCACCCCGCCUCCCUCCGAUGAUAUACCUCUGCUGCUUAGAGCUAGUCCUCAACGUAGACGUAGUGAGUCUCGGACUUCAGAGGUCCUUCUACAGGAUGCGACGAGCCAACUUGCCGCGAUUUCCGAACUCGCGAACUCGAUCGAGCAGAGAGCCCGAUCUCUCCGGCCACGUUCCAUGAGACUCAGCUAUUCGGAAACGGAAGAUGUCGGCGAGGGCGACACUGAAGCACAAGCAGGGUCUCCUGAAGAAACGUCUCUGGAAUCGAUGGCGAAGAAGCGCUCGCAGAGGAAACAAUCACGCGCGAAGCGGAUCCGAGAACUUGCGGAGCAAGUGGUCGAAAAUGCCGUCGAUGGAACGCCAAAAACUCGGCGAAAGGCGCGACUUCCCACUCCAGAGAAUGCCGAUGAACUACAGAUCGACCCGGAAGAGGUAUCAAUGGGCGACUUGACCAGAGACAACAAAGUGGGGAGAAAGUCGGAAACUGAGAAACGAAUGCAAGAAAAUUGGACCGAUAUCCAAAAACGUCGAAAAGAAGACGUCGAGCGCCGGCGUGAAGCUGCUGGAAAAGGCAGAGCAGGCAGGCAAGAACUGUUCCAGGAUGCGUUGGUAGAACCCAUACAAGUGCCUAAACAAAUCAUUGUCAACGGACAGAUUAUCGUGGCCAACGAAUCUCGAGAGGUUGCGUUUGGUGCAGGCGUGGAACAAGCGGCCGACAAUGACCAAGAGGUGGCUCUCGAAGAUGACCGCAUAUACAGAUACGUCAACCAGGGGACACUGGGCAAACGCGCAGGCUUAAACAGGAGAACAAAAUGGGAUGAUGAAUCCACCGAACUGUUCUACAAAGGUCUUCGAAUGUUUGGCACUGACUUUGCCAUGAUAGCGAAUCUCUUCCCAUCUUUUGACAGGAGGCAGAUCAAGUCGAAAUUCGUAAUUGAGGAACGUCUCAAUCCAGUCCGAGUGAAGGACAGUGUCGACGCCAAGGAAGCCGUCAAUCUCGAAGAAUAUGCCAAAAUGUCGGACCAGCAAUUUGAGGAUCCAGCCAAGCUCAUGGAGGAGUUGGCUGCAGAAGAGAAGAGGCUCCGGGAGGAAGACAAGCGAAGACGUGAAGGCGACGGCUAUGUUCUUGAAGGCGCAGACGUGCCACUCCCAUCAACUGAAACGGACUUUGAACAGGGCGACAAUACACUGGAGGGCGAUGGCACAGUGACAGCGGCCGGCGUUCAUAGAGAGCGGAUAUCGACGUUGGCAGAUUCAGCGGCCGCAGGGUCUGCUGUGCCCAAGAAGAAGCAAGCUCCGCAACACAGAGCGACGAAGGAACCUGUCGGACGUGGACGGCAAGCCAAGAAAGGUAGAAGACCGACUGAAGGUGUUGAAGAGGCACUUGGACCGAUUGAUGAGGUUGGUCGGUAG